GGGGUCCCCGCAGGAGCGAAGGCGCUGGCGCUGACCGGGAACCGAGGGGUGGAACCGGCCAUGGACUGGUUGGUGGCCCACGAAGACGCACCCGACUCGGACUCGGACCCCGAACUGCCCCUGAGUUUUGGGGUCCCCGGGGGGAUCCCCCCGAGUCUGGGGCCCCGACAGCCCCAGGAGGAGGACGAGACCCAGAAGCUGUUGGCAGCGGCGGGGCAGGAGCGGGAGCGGCGGCGCCGGGGGCAGGAGCUGUCGCGGCUGCGCGAGUGGCGCCGGGACGAGGAGCGGCGUCGGGCGGCCGAGGAGCGGCGCAGGGACCGCGCCGAGGAGAGGGCGGCACGGCAGCGGGUGAAGGAGAAGAUUGAGCGGGACAAGGCCGAGAGAGCACAGAGGUUCGCCCCCUCCCCGUCGAGCCUCCCCAGACUCCCCCGGGCGGAGCCGCUGGCGCCGCGGGAAUACGACGAGUGCCGGAUCCAGGUCCGUCUCCCGGACGGGCGGGCUCUCACGCAGCGUUUCCGGGCGCGGGAGCCGCUGGCGGCCGUGCGGCUCUUCGUGGAGCUGCACCGGGGGGCAACUGGGAGCACUGGGAACACUGGGGAGCCCCCCCAGGGAGGGCCCCAGAGCCCCCCCGAGCCCUUCAGCCUCCGAACGGCCUUUCCCAAGAGGCUUUUCACGGAGGAGGACAUGGAGAAACCCCUGCAGGAGCUGGGUCUGGUCCCCUCCGCCGUCGUCAUCGUGGCCAAGAAGGAGGGGAGCUGAGGGGGAGGGGCCUGGGGACCCCCAAAAUCCCCUCUGGGGACCCCAGACCCAAAUAAACCUCAGCUGUGUCC